UACUGAAAAGUUUGUUCUCUCGCAGCAGCAACUAUCUUCGCAUUUAAAAAUCUUUUUCCAGUCAUCGCGUCAACAUUCAAUCCGUCGACGGGCUGAAAAAAUUCACAAUUUGAUAAGGAAUUAAUCGGGAAGAGUCUUCUCCAUUGUUAUUGUGAACUGAAAGAAAUUUCGGAAGAAGAAGUUGUGUGAGUUUUUCACUUUUCAUCAAAAAAAAAAAAUAUUAUUGAGUAAUAAUUAUUGCAUAAAGUGUCUCGUGUCUCGCUUAUUGUAAAAAGAAAAAAAGUUGAAAAGAGCGAAAGAAAGUGCAACGGAAAAUUUUAUUAUAUCACUAAAGUUGCAUGUGUCGUCGUAAAGUAAUCUUAAGAUAAGAAUUUACUAAAAAAAAAUUAAGCAACAGUGAAGUUUUUUCUGGUUUUUGGGGCUUUUGUAACAUAACAGCUUUAAAAUUUAAGAAAAAAAAAAUAAGUAGUGUGGGGAAAAAAUCUUUUGUUUAAGAAUUUUAACGAAAAAUUUUUCAACAUGUCAGCUCAAGAUAGACUAAUGGCAGACCAAAAGUCGGAUCAAGUGCAGCGCUUCAUCAAAGCUGGCGCCCACAAAGGCAAGGGCAUUGCCGUUUUCACGAGCGGCGGCGAUUCGCAGGGCAUGAAUGCAGCGGUCCGUGCUGUCGUUCGCAUGGGCAUCUACCUGGGAUGCAAGGUAUACUUCAUUCGUGAAGGCUAUCAAGGCAUGGUAGAUGGCGGCGACAACAUCGUUGAAGCUAAUUGGUCCUCCGUCUCGUGCAUUAUUCAUCGCGGCGGAACAGUAAUUGGCUCGGCACGCUGCAUGGACUUCAAGGAACGUUGGGGUCGUUUGAAAGCUGCCCAAAAUUUGGUCGAAAAGGGCAUCACGAAUCUCGUCGUAAUCGGCGGCGAUGGUUCCUUGACAGGCGCCAAUUUGUUCCGUCAAGAAUGGUCAAGCUUGUUGGAUGAGUUGCUCAAGGAAAAUAGAAUCACGCAAGAGCAACGCAACAAGUACAAAAGUUUGCAUAUCGCUGGCAUGGUUGGAUCUAUCGACAACGACUUCUGCGGUACUGAUAUGACAAUCGGAACAGAUUCUGCGUUGCAUCGUAUCAUCGAGGCAAUUGAUGCCAUCGUCAGUACGGCUUAUUCGCAUCAACGUACCUUCAUUAUGGAGGUUAUGGGAAGACAUUGCGGAUACUUAGCUGUAGUUGCGGGAAAUAUUUCAGAAGCUGACUACAUUUUUGUGCCGGAAUCUCCGCCGCCACUCGAUUGGGAACGCAAAUUGUGCGAAAAAUUGAGCACUGAACGUGUUUCGGGUCAACGUUUGAACAUUAUCAUCGUCGCUGAAGGAGCAAUUGAUCGCGAAGGCAACCCAAUUACUGCUGAAGGCAUCAAAGAGGUCGUUGUCAAGAAUUUGCAACAAGAUACGCGCAUCACUGUUUUGGGUCAUGUUCAACGCGGAGGAAAUCCAAGUGCUUUCGAUCGUGUUUUGGGUUGUCGCAUGGGAGCUGAAGCUGUUCUUGCGUUGAUGGAAGCCACUGAAGAUACUGUUCCCUGCGUCGUUUCUUUGGAUGGCAAUCAAGCUGUUCGUGUCCCUUUGAUGGAAUGUGUGCAACGUACGAAAGCAGUUGCUCAAGCGAUGGCAGAGAAGAAAUGGGAUUUGGCUGUUCAGUUGCGUGGGCGUUCAUUCGCACGUAAUUUGGAAACGUACAAGAUGUUGACUCGUUUGAAGCCUCCCAAGGAUGCUUUUGAUGCUGAUGGCAAAGGAAAGGAAGGAUAUCGUUUGGCUGUGAUGCAUAUUGGUGCUCCGGCAUGCGGAAUGAACGCCGCUGUUCGUUCUUUCGUACGUAAUUGCAUCUAUCGUGGCGAUACUGUUUUCGGUAUUCAAGAUGGCAUCGAAGGUCUUGUCGCAGGCAACUUCAAGGAAAUGGGCUGGUCUGAUGUAACGGGAUGGGUUGGACAAGGCGGUGCAUUUUUAGGCACGAAACGCACAUUGCCCGAAGGAAAAUUCAAGGAAAUUGCUGCCCGUUUGAAGGAAUUCAAAAUCCAAGGUUUGUUAAUUGUCGGCGGAUUUGAAGCUUAUCACGCAUGUGGGCAACUCGCGGAUCAACGUUCAAAUUAUGCCGAAUUCUGCAUCCCAUUGGUCGUUAUUCCGUCGACAAUCUCGAAUAACGUUCCGGGUACGGAGUUUUCGCUCGGCGCUGAUACCGGCUUGAACGAAAUUGUCGAGAUUUGCGAUCGUAUUCGUCAAUCGGCGCAAGGUACGAAACGUCGGGUCUUCGUUAUCGAAACGAUGGGCGGUUAUUGCGGCUAUUUGGCUACUUUGUCGGGCAUGGCAGGCGGCGCAGAUGCUGCUUACAUCUUUGAGGAGAAAUUCACGAUCAAAGAUUUGCAAAAUGACGUCUAUCACAUGGCUUCGAAGAUGGCAGAAGGCGUUCAACGUGGCUUGAUUUUGCGCAAUGAGAAAGCCAAUGAGAACUACAACACAGAAUUCAUCUACCGUUUGUAUUCGGAAGAGGGCAAAGGAUUGUUCUCGACACGUAGCAAUGUUCUUGGGCAUACGCAACAAGGCGGGUCUCCAACUCCCUUCGAUCGUAACAUGGGCACGAAAAUGGCUGCCAAAUGCGUCGAAUGGCUCGUCGAUCAACUUAAAAAGAACACACAACCCGAUGGAACUAUCAAGGCAACGAGCGCUGAUUCCGCUUGCUUGCUUGGUCUCGUUCGUCGCCAAUACAAAUUCACCCCGUUGAAGGAACUCAUUGCCGAAACAAACUUCGAGCAACGUAUCCCCAAACAUCAAUGGUGGCUCAAAUUGCGUCCCCUUUUGCGAAUUUUGGCGAAGCACGAUUCGUCGUACGAGGAAGAAGGCAUGUACAUCACGGUCGAAGAAGAGCAACAAAAUGAGACUUCUGUGAUGUAAAGCUCACAAAGUCACGUGCGCAUAUAUAUUUUUGUAUUAGGAACUUCACAGAGAGCUCUUUAAUAAGAAUUAAUUUAUUGUAAAACUGUUGAUAGAUGAAUAAAAUUUACGUAGCGUUA